AUGCCGGUGGCGGCGAAUAUGCGCGGAUUCGGCAGGAAUCCGGUGACUGUUCCCAAGUGAGAAAUUAACGGAAAUUCAACGGAAAACCAAACUGAUUUCAGUACUUUUCUGUUGUCUUGGGAGGUUUAUGACGGCAACGAGAACGGCUAUUGGACGAGGGUUCGCAAGAUUUACGAGUAUUUUGUCGAUCAGGUAAUGAAUGAAACGGAGAUUCUGGGGUAUGCAACAUGAGCAUUCCAGAUAUACAGUGGACCGCUCGCCAGUUUUUACAGCCUAGAGUCUGGAAAACUGCUCGAGUUGGAAGGUUCUACGAAGAGCAAAGCAUUCGAGAGCUUUCUGCUGACCGUCAAUGAUUUCCCGGAUACGUUCAGUUUCAACUCUCCACGUGGAAACGACCUGAUUCCGGUAGGAGAGCACUGCACAAACGGAAGUGCUCUCCCGUACGAAUUCCGCGAAUUUGUGGAGGAUCCGGUGUCGAAGGGUACCAUUUACGUGGCUUUCGGCUCCUAUAUCAAUUUGGACGACGGUCCUCCGGGCACUGUCGACGAAUUUAUGAAGGCGCUCAAUCACUUUGAAGACUAUCGAAUCAUAUGGAGUCACAAGGGAAAUGUCGGUGGCUUCGAACUUCAGCUGAACGUUUUUUCUUCUUUUAUUUCCAGGUCACCGGUGCGAGAUGUCACGUCAAAGUGGUCAAAUGGGCGCCGCAAAAAGAGCUUCUUUCGCACGAGAACACGAAAGUUUUCUUCACACACGGCGGCCUGAAAAGUGCAAAAGAGGGAGUGUGCUCGGGAGUUCCGAUGCUCUUUUUGCCGUUUUUCGGAGACCAACCGAGAAACGCGCAUCGGUUCGUGACGCACGGAAUCGCAGAAGCACUCUACAAACGCUCAGUGACCGCCGAGGAAAUUGUGGAGAAGUUGCAGAAGCUUUUGGUGAACCCGAAAUAUAAGAAGAAUGUGGAAAAGGUGGGGGAACGGUCAGACCGUCAGCCACAAACAUCCGGCUCUCUUUUGACUACCGUACUCUUUGAUCGUUCACGAUUACCGGCAGCCCAGAUGUCGACAGUAUCUAGUCUGCUCCUUCCAAUCACACCUUCUUCUUUCAGAUCAGAUCUUUUUACUCGGAUGCUCCGCUCGACGCCCUCGAUCUCGGAGCAUUUCACAUUUCACGCGUUCUCCGUCGUACCGAAUCUCAACUCGUUCGUUUCAAACGUCGUUCCAUCUCGAUGACCCACAUACAGUAUCUCAAUCUUGACCUUCUUAGCACUAUUUUAACCGUGCUCUACCUGGUUUAUAAAGCAUAA